CACCUUUGCACCCGGUGACCUCUGACCCGCAGACGACCUGCAGUCCAUCCAAGAUGGCGUUUUUACAGUGGCGCAGGUUUAACUUCUUUGAUAAGGAGAUAGUGAAGGAUGAGGGAGGGCAGGUGUUUGACGGGCUGAAGGGCAUCGACAUCUCGGUCUGCGCAAGUGGCAGGGGGCAGAUCCUUUUCCUUAACAGUUUGCUACAUUAUGAAGGGAACAUCCACUUCCUAAACCGGAACCUGGAACUCUCCACCUUCAAGGCUUACGAACUCCGCAUCACUCAUCUGUGCCAGGUUAAACAGCAGGGUAUCCUGGUCACUGUCGGGGAUGAUGAACCAGGUACCAACCCCAUCAUUAAGGUUUGGAACCUGGAGAAGCGAGACAAGGCAGGAAACCCCACAUGUUCCCGUAUUGUGCGCGCGGUGCCCGGUAAAGAGUCAUCUCCUGUCUCCGCCCUCGCGGUGCACGAGAACCUGAACCUCAUGGCUGUCGGCUUUCAGGACGGGACUGUGGUGGUGUACCGGGGAGACGUCACGCGGGACAGACACAGUAAGUCUCGAGUGAUCCACCACACGGCCGGCGCAGUGACCGGUCUGGCCUUCCGACAGGCGGCCAAAGUUAACCACCUGUUCGUGGUCACCAAAGACAGCGUCCAGUCCUACAACCUCACCGCAAAGGACCACAAGGAAGAACUGGACGCAUUCGGCUGUGAACCGAGAUGUUCAGUACUUAGUGACACAUCGCAAGACAACCAGUUUGUGAUUGGGCGUCCAGACGCGGUGUAUUUUUACCAGACAGACGGGCGCGGCCCGUGUCUGGUGUUUGAGGGAGAGAAGAAGACCCUACAGUGGUACCGAGGGUACCUGGUGGUGGUGGGGAAGGAGAACAAGGCCAUGCCUAGACCACCCCCGGGUGGCCAGUCCCGUGACAUGAGUAUUGUGAACGUGUACGACAUCCAGAACAAGUUCAUCGCCUACUCCGCACCACUGCCAGAUGUUACUGAUGUCAUCUGUGAAUGGGGAUCUCUCUACAUACUCACAGGAGAGAACCGUUUGAUGCAGUUGAUAGAGAAAGACAUCCAGACCAAGCUGGAGAUGUUGUUUAAGAAGAACCUGUAUGUGUUAGCCAUAAACCUGGCCAAGUCUCAGCACUUUGACCAGGACGGUCUGGUGGACAUAUUUACUCAGUACGGAGACCAUCUGUACAGCAAGGGCGACUAUGAUGGGGCUAUCAACCAGUAUGUCAAGACUAUAGGUAAACUGGAGCCGUCCUAUGUGAUAAGAAAGUUCCUGGAUGCCCAGAGGAUCCACAACCUGACUGCAUAUCUACAGUCACUACACAAGGCCCAGCUGGCUACAGAAGAUCACACCACACUGCUACUCAACUGUUAUACUAAACUGAAGGACACCAACAAACUGGACCAGUUCAUCUACUCUAAGGAUAAAGAGGUAGACUUUGAUGUGGAAACUGCGAUCAAAGUGUGUCGCCAGGCUGGGUACUACGACCACGCCCUGUCCCUGGCAGAACGACACAGUCAGCACGAGUGGUACCUCAAAAUUCAGCUCGAGGACAUCAAGGACUACCAGAAGGCUCUAACGUACAUCUCCAAACUGGGCUUCUACGAAGCUGAGAGUAACAUGAAGAAAUACGGCAAAAUUCUCAUGUCAGAGGUUCCCCAGCAGACCACAGAGCUAUUAAAGCGACUGUGUACAGACUACAGACCCAGUGACAUCCCACUGGCUGAUGAACAGACACUACAGGGGGGGAUGCCAGCCAGGAUCCAUAAAGCCCCAGCUGAUGAGUUUAUCCACAUCUUUGUCAGCAACUCUUCCAAACUCAUGGAGUUCUUGGAGCACAUGAUCAAGGUGCAGCCCAGUUCCCCCUCCCUGCUGUAUAACACCCUACUGGAGCUGUACCUACAUGACAUGGCUCAUGAUGGGAGUCAGAAGGCAGAGUUGGACAGGAAGAGUUUGGACCUUCUGCAAAACACAGAUGCUCACUAUGAUGUCAACCAGGCCCUCGUGCUCUGUCAGAUGCACAAUUAUAAGGCGGGUAUCCUGUACCUGUAUGAGCGUGAGCGACUGUACCAGCAGAUCCUUCGGUACCACAUGGACCAUGACGAGUACGUCCACAUCAUCAACACCUGUAAGAAGUUUGGGGGACAGGACCCAAACCUGUGGGUCCAGGCGUUGGCAUAUUUUGCCCGUAAGGAAGAGAACUGCCGUACACAGAUGAUGGAGGUUCUACAGCACAUCGACAGACACAACCUGCUGCCCCCACUGCUAGUGGUGCAGACCCUGGCUCACAACUCAACUGCUACACUGGCUGUGGUCAAGGAUUACAUCACACGACGACUGCAGCAGGAGAAUGACCAGAUCCAGGAGGAUGAACGUUUGAUCCAUCAGUACAGACAGGAGACAGAGAAGAUGAGGAGUCAGAUACAGGAACUCAAGACUAGUGCGAAGAUUUUCCAGGUGUCGAAGUGCAGCAUUUGUAACCAUCCGCUGGAACUGCCUUCUGUACACUUCCUGUGUCAGCACUCCUUCCACCAACAUUGUUUUGAAGGCUAUGCAGAGAAUGAGACAGAAUGUCCAGUCUGUAUGCCAGAGAACAGAAAAAUCCUGGACAUUAUCAGAGCUCAGGAGCAACACAAAGAACUCCAUGAACAGUUUCACCACCAGCUGGAGAGAGCACCAGAUGGGUUCUCUGUUGUAGCAGACUACUUCGGCAGAGGGGUGUUUAACAAGGUCACACUGAUCACAGACUCCCCUGCUGCCCCACCGCCCUCUGGUGUAAACCCCUUUGGAGAGCCUCCAGAACUACAAAUAAAACCAGCAGCCCCCAAACCAGCCUCCAAGUCAGCUGCUGCCCCCAAUCCAUUCGAUGAUGAUGAUGACACAAGCAACCCCUUCCUCGCAGAAAGCACGAAUCCAUUCGGUGAACCAGAAAGUACCAACCCUUUCGGGGAGGAUUAA